UUCACUUUUUUUUUCCCCUUCUCAUUCCCUGUUCUUUUUACCAACUCUGAAGAAUGACACUCCUAAAUUAGAAGAUCUCUAUCUCUAUCAACGGCCAGUAUCUCACUUCUCCAGCUACUGAUCAUUUUCUCGUCACAAAAAAAAAAACUCUCUUGUUAGGUUCUGUCUUAUUCCCCACGUCAAAAAUGUCUUUAAACUAACCACAUUCUCUGUUCUGAUUAGAAAGCCUCAAAUCCUCUGCUAUAUUUCCAAAUCAUCUCUCAGUUUUUUGAGUGUUAUAUACGUAUAUAUUAGGUCGAGUAAUUAGUAAAAGCAGCACGAUGCUUUCCACGAAGUCGGAAUCGGACGUAACAAGCCUCGCGGCUUCGUCGUCGUCACUAUCACGAUCUUCAAAGCCGGUCACGUGACUCUUGUUGGACCUAAUCGGAUGGACUCGCCCACACAUGAUUCUUCCUCCUUGGGACGUCACUCUCGUAAAUCAUCGGCGAGUAGAUUCUCCGGGUUGUUCCGAUCAUCGUCUUCAGGUAGAAAAAGCGUCAGGAAAUGCAUGUCUAACGAGAAAGAAUGUAUUAUACUUGAAGAAGGCUCGUACGAUGAAAUGGACGACGUGACGUCUAUAAGAAAGUGUCAAGCACUACUUGCUGUUUUCGCUUUGGUGGUUCUCUUCACCUUCUUAUGCUUCAUCUCAUGGGGAGCUAGUAUACCUUACAAGGCUCAAAUCUCUGUAAAGACGUUCGAACUACACAACUUUUAUGUUGGUGACGGAUCAGAUUUCAGUGGAGUACGUACCACAAUGCUUACUAUAAAUGGAACACUAAGACUUAGUAUUUACAAUCCUGCUCCAGUAUUUGGUGUUCAUGUCAGUUCCACUCCAAUCAAUCUCUUCUUCUAUGAACUCCCUAUUGCCACUGGUCAGUUGGAAGAAUAUUAUCAACGUAAAAAGAACAGAAGAAUGGAAUCAGUGGUUAUAGAAGGGAGAAGAGUUCCAUCAUAUGGCGCUGGAGCAAGCCUAGAGGCCACGGAGAGAGGUGGAAAGAUUCCGGUGAAGCUGAAGUUUGAAGUUCAGUCUAGAAGUGAUGUGGUUGGCAAACUGGUCAGGAUUUGGCACACGAAGCGAAUCUCAUGCACAUUUGUCAUCGAUGUUGCUAGUAAUAAGCCCAUACAUUUCAAUGAGCGUUCUUGCCACUAUACAUAAUUGCAACACCUAUUGAAUUAAUGCGAGUGAUAUGUGUAAUAUUUGUUUUGGUUAUUGGUAUUUCAUAUUUA